GCCUCAUUGUGAAUUGGCGCGACCAAUGGGUCGCGCGCAGUAUGGAGUUAAUGAAGCGAAACAAGACCGUAGAGCCCUGGGCACUGAGGGAUUCCUGUCCUUCACUACCUGAUUCGGUCUAUGGGCGGCGGUAUAGCGAAAGAUCGGCAUUGGGGUCUGUUGUUUUUCUCCGGCGCAUCGCUAGUACGUAGUUUUAUCUUUUUUUUGUCCUUCUUCGGCAGUCGUUGCACCAAGCAUUGUGACGAUAAUAUAUACGAGCUUUUAUUGUUUGACUUUUUCCUUCUCCCCUGGUCUGUAUCCUUCACCCACAGGCGCGGACUCCCCCUUGUUUGGAAUCUUACAGCGACAGGCGCAUAUCGCGCCAAGCUUUCAUUGCUUUGCAAUCCAGUGGCUGGGUUUCGUCCAUGUGAAUUGGCACCUUUCAAGCGUCGUCUGUCCACAAGGUAACGUAUAGUCAACCGCGCGCGAGCGCUUGCUUGGCAAAUCUACGGAGCCCAUGGGGGGCGUGUAACGUGUAACGGCGUAGGUCCCAGAGCCUUGGAACCUCUUGGCGGUAAUCUGAACGAUGGAUUCUAAGAGCCAUGA